AGCUGUUAUCCGUGGAUGUACGCACUGGUCCAUGGGCAGUGGAGCGAGCAAGACGUCGUCGGUGAUUGCAGCGCCGGCCAACAUCAAAUCUCGCAGCACGCCGCGGCUUCUCUCGAUCAACCUCAGCGAAGACCGCGUUCAGCGGCCCAAUAGCGCGUCGCUCCAGAGCCCCAAAGCGUCGCUUCAGAGCCCCAAGACGUCCAUCGCCAAGUCGUCCCAAAUCCCACAUCACUGGACGUCCAACUCACUCUGUCUGCAGGACAAGAAGGACAUUGGGGACGACGAGUAUGCCGAUGAAGAGUUCGAAUCCGACACAUCGGAAGCCCCCGCGGCGUUUCCGUGGAAGCGUGGCGAGCUCCUUGGCACGGGCAGCUUUGGCUCGGUGUACUUGGCGCGGAACGAGUACUCGGGGGACCUCAUGGCGGUCAAAGAGAUCUCGUACGACGACGACUCGGCCGACGAGGUCAUUGCGAUCCAGCAAGAAGUGCUCGUCUUGCGCUGCUUGCACCACCCGAACAUCGUCAAGUACAUGGGGAGCGAGUACAACGAGGCCGCGCGCACGCUCUACAUCUUUACCGAGUGGGUACCCGGCGGUAGCCUCGAAGACAACACCAAGACGUUCGGCUGCUCCGAGCCCGUGGCGCAAAAGUACAUUUACCAAAUCCUCCUCGGCAUCGACUAUUUGCACUCGAAAAACGUCGUGCAUUACGACAUCAAGCCCAGUAACAUUCUCAUCGACCAGCACGGCGGCGUCAAGCUGGCUGAUUUUGGUGCGUCUCGCUUGCUGAACGCGAGCUCGGUCGCCCAAGGCAAGUCGCUUCGGGGCACUCCCUACUACAUGGCGCCCGAGGUCGUCAAACAAGCCGGCACGAGCGUCAAAGUCGACAUUUGGAGCCUCGGGUGCUCGGUUGUCAAGAUGCUCACGGGCGUGCCGCUUUGGAAAACCAUGAAGUUUCAGAGCCAAAUCGCGCUCUUCUUCCACAUUGCCAACCUCACGGCGCCCCCGGAGCUGCCCGCGUCCAUUUCGCCCGUCGCCAAGUCGUUCAUUACAGCGUGCUUGCAGGUGUCGCCCGAGGCGCGUCCGUCGGCCGAAACGCUGCUCAAGCACCCGUUCAUUCAGCAGCGACACUUUAGCCAAGCGCCGACCCACGCCAUUUUGCACGAGAAUCUGCGGGGCCGCGCCACAACGGCCUGUACUACGUUCAUGAGCCCGUCGCGACCGCAAUGCAGCGGGGAUGCACCGCCGCGUACUGCCGUUCCGCUCUUCCACCCGAGCCACAACUACGACGUCUUUGGUUUGCACGCAGACAAGCCGCCGUCCCACGACCAAAACAACAUGCAACUAGGAGCGCAUACGCACGAACCGAGUGCGAACAAGCCCAGGGAGAACGACGACGACGACGAAGAGGAAGAUGAACGUGAUGCCAUGCCCAUGGCCAAGUCGACGAGCGAGUCGGUCUUGCCGUCGCUGACACCGCCCAAGUCGACGAAGAAAAAGAAAAAUUCGGCCCCGAUCGUGCCCUCCAUCGAGGCCACGGCGACGCACGCGCGGAGUACGUCGUUGGCGUCAUCCAAAGACCUCGGCGCCAACGCGGGCAACCGACGCCACUCGCACGACAUGGGUGCGGGUGCCGAGGUCGUGAUGCCGCGCCUCGCUGCCAAGGACGACCACCACCCGCCGGUGGUAUCGUCGCCGCCCAAGAAGAAGCUCUACGAUGAGACGCCCAUCUUGUCGGACGUCGCCAAGCGCGAGCGCGACACCGUCCUCGAGCGCGAGGCACAAAAACGCAAGCUCAAGGAAGAGCAAGCGCGGCAGUGGCGCGAAGAGCAGGAGGCGUACCGGCGGUCGCUUGCGCCGGGCUAA